GAGACUUAAGCAAGACUGCGGAGCUGAGAGGAUGCGGGCACCGGGCGCGGGCUUUCCCUCUGCCCCGCGUGAUGGAGCGGGUCGGUGAGCGGAACAAAGGCGCCCGCCCCAGGGAGCGGGUCCUCGGCUGAAGACCGCGGAUCCCGCGCCGCGACGGCCGCUUGUGGACUAGGGUGGUGGCUGUGCUGCCCGAGGCGCGGCGCGCUCCAUCGCGGGCAGGCAAAGAACCCUGAACCCGGCACCUGCGUGCCGCUCUCGUCCCGGCGCCAGGGCAGCCCCACUUGCCGGCCCUUCAGGCCCCGAGGUCCGCUGCUCCCGUAGCCCCUCUCCUGGCGGCCCGAGGGCGAGCGGCGAACCACUUGCUGGUGCGAAGGAGAGGCCCCCGGCCCUUCGUGGAGAAGCCGAGGCGCCUGGAAGGGGCUGCGCACUGUGGACUGAGCAGGCAUCUUGGGGAGCACUUCUACAGAUCCGGGGCUUCCACGUGAAUGCUUUUGCUCUCCUCCUGAGCAUCUUGCUCUCCCAACCUUCUCUGCUGCCGGAACAUCUGCGCUGUGGGAUAGGGAGCGGCUGGAAUCCUUGCCGGCCGUUCGGAGUGUGAGGCUCGCACUGCCCCGGGCUGCCCCGCGCCUCGCCAGAGCCGGAGGGGGCGCGGGUCCGGGACGAGGGCCGGCCGGGCGUGUUUGAUGGCUUCACUGAGAAGAGUCAAAGUGUUGCUGGUGUUGAACUUGAUCGCAGUGGCCGGCUUUGUGCUCUUUCUGGCCAAGUGCCGGCCCAUCGCGGUGCGCAGCGGAGACGCCUUCCACGAGAUUCGGCCGCGCGCCGAGGCGGCCAACCUCAGCGCGCACAGCGCCAGCCCCAUACAGGAUGCGGUCCUGAAGCGCCUCUCGCUGCUGGAGGACAUCGUCUACCGGCAACUGAAUGGCUUAUCCAAAUCCCUUGGGCUCAUUGAAGGUUAUGGUGGGCGGGGCAAAGGGGGCCUUCCUGCUACCCUUUCCCCGGCUGAAGAAGAAAAAGCCAAGGGACCCCAUGAGAAGUAUGGCUACAAUUCCUACCUCAGUGAAAAAAUCUCACUGGAUCGUUCCAUUCCGGACUACCGUCCCACCAGGUGUAAGGAGCUCAAGUACAACAAGGAGCUGCCCCAGAUAUCCAUCAUCUUCAUCUUUGUGAACGAGGCCCUGUCGGUGAUCCUGCGGUCAGUCCACAGUGCUGUCAACCAUACGCCGACACAGCUGCUGAAGGAAAUCAUCCUGGUGGACGACAACAGUGAUGAAGAGGAGCUGAAGGCCCCCUUGGAGGAGUACGUCCACAAACGCUACCCGGGGCUGGUGAAGGUGGUACGCAAUCAAAAAAGAGAGGGCCUCAUCAGAGCGCGCAUCGAGGGAUGGAAGGUGGCCACCGGCCAGGUCACCGGCUUUUUUGAUGCCCAUGUGGAAUUCACCGCUGGCUGGGCUGAGCCCGUUCUAUCCCGAAUCCAGGAGAACCGGAAGCGAGUGAUCCUCCCGUCUAUUGACAACAUCAAACAGGACACCUUUGAGGUGCAGCGGUACGAGAACUCGGCCCACGGGUACAGCUGGGAGCUGUGGUGCAUGUACAUCAGCCCACCAAAGGACUGGUGGGACGCCGGAGACCCUUCUCUCCCCAUCAGGACGCCAGCCAUGAUUGGCUGCUCCUUCGUGGUCAACAGGAAGUUCUUUGGUGAAAUCGGCCUUCUGGACCCUGGAAUGGAUGUGUAUGGAGGGGAAAAUAUCGAACUUGGAAUCAAGGUGUGGCUCUGCGGCGGCAGCAUGGAGGUCCUGCCUUGCUCCCGGGUGGCCCACAUCGAGCGGAAGAAGAAGCCGUACAACAGCAACAUCGGCUUCUACACCAAGAGGAACGCUCUGCGGGUGGCCGAGGUCUGGAUGGACGACUACAAGUCCCAUGUGUACAUAGCGUGGAACCUGCCCCUGGAGAAUCCAGGAAUUGACAUAGGUGAUGUCUCUGAAAGAAGAGCCUUAAGGAAAAGUUUAAAGUGUAAGAAUUUCCAGUGGUACCUGGAUCACGUUUACCCAGAAAUGAGAAGAUACAAUAACACCGUUGCAUACGGGGAGCUUCGCAACAACAAGGCAAAAGAUGUGUGCUUGGACCAGGGGCCGCUGGAGAACCACACAGCAAUCUUGUACCCAUGCCACGGCUGGGGACCCCAGCUCGCCCGAUACACCAAGGAAGGCUUUCUGCACUUGGGAGCCCUGGGGACCACCACGCUCCUGCCCGACACCCGCUGCCUGGUGGACAACUCCAAGAGUCGGUUGCCCCAGCUCCUUGACUGUGACAAGGUCAAGAGCAGCCUGUACAAGCGCUGGAACUUCAUCCAGAAUGGAGCCAUCAUGAAUAAGGGCACUGGCCGCUGCCUGGAAGUGGAGAACCGUGGCCUGGCUGGCAUUGACCUCAUCCUCCGCAGCUGCACGGGACAGAGGUGGACGAUUAAGAACUCCAUCAAGUAGUGGGAAGGAGCUGGGGACCCCAAAGCCUGGCCCCUGGGACAGGGUCUGCCUGUCCUCUGGACCAGCCACACUGGUGGAGGGACAGCCGGGAGCCAGCAGUUGCUGGUGGGCCCCUGAGGCUGUCCAGGGCAGCGCGGGGGGCCCGGGUGGAGACUUUGUCCACAUCAGGCACUCAGCUGCCACGAGGCUCAUGCAUCCUGGAAAAGCACCCCCAACCCUUCUCUGGGAACCCAGGAGCUGUGUCUUCUGCAGCCUGGAUGUGGACCUGGUACCAAGGAGUAAAACAUCCACGUCUGCUUGUCGUCGUCCCACCACUGUCAGGGCAGGGACGGGUGGGGCCUCUCCUUUCUCAUCUCUUGCAGCAGCAGCAGCAGCUUCUGAGUUCCACCCCAGCCCUCAGCAAAGUGUGUGUGUGGGGGGGGGGGUGCUCAACCACAUCUUAGCUCCCCUCCUCAGAGGAGGCGGUGAGGCCCGGGGACUCAGUUUCCCCUGAGGUUGCUUCUGCCCAGAUGUCCAUUCACAACUCAAGGCAGCCUCCACCCCAAACCUUUCCAUCAGGUGACUGUGGGGGCUACAGCUCUGGACUUUUUGGACCCCCCCCCCCGAGAUGGCCUGGAAGGAGCUGGCACUUCCUUGGUUGCCUGGGCACUGGGCUGUUGUGUUCCUGGCCAGCUGUUCUGCCUGUGUCUCCAGGGAGUUGAAGCAGAAACAUCCUGAGCACACAGGAUAGUCGGAGCUGUGAGGGGCCCCAGGCUAAGCCAGGCGCUGCAGCUCUGCCUGCCUGGGGCACAGGGCACCCUGCCUCACAGAGGCUGCUGCAGGGGAGGCAGCAAGGGGCCUCCACCUGGAGCGUAGGGACUGGAGCCAGCACAGCCGGGGGCGACCAGGACCCUUGAGGAUGCUCUCUGCUCAUCUCAUUCCAGCCCAUACUUGCUGGCUGACAGGAGAAGGCAGUCGAUUCCUCUCUGAAGAGUAAUAAUUCUUUUCGAUUGCCCUCUGGUUAGGGUGCACUUAUAAAUCAGAGUUAAUAUAUGGACUUGUAUGCAUGCAUGAGUGUGUGUGCCCAUGUGGUGCGUGUGGCAGGGUGUGUGCAGCUGCACGUGUGGUGCAUGUGUGACACCAUGUGGCAUGUGUGUCUGGGUGUGUGGUAGAGCAGAUGUAGUAGUGUGGCUUUGGGCUUGAUGCUUCACUGCUCACCUGGUUCAGGAGGACGCUGCCAAGAAGCCUCUGGACAGGGAAGGGGGUGCAGUGGCCAGGCUUCACUGGCCAGGAGGACAUGGCUCCGCCUUGCCCCGUGUGGUCCCCAAAACGGAAGGCCAUCCCUUCCGCCAGUGCCCAUCUUUCCCCUCAUGCUUUCCCCACAGGCCAAGCCCUGCCCAGCACCAAACCCUGUAGUUGCCCAGUUUGGGGUUCACAGAGUCUCAUUGGGUGGCAUCUUGUUGGUGACCACCGCUGCCCCAUAUCCCAACUUGUGAAAUAAAUACAUGUGAGCACUUCCCAAAA